ACUAAAAUGGCGGCGUCCACAAUGAUUCGCUGUCGGGGCCUGCUGCAGAGAUCGUUCGAUAGCUCAAAAUUUAUAAGCUCAAGCUAUGUAUCAGGAAGGAGCGUUUCGCAGGUUCCGAUUGGGUUCAUUGGGCUGGGGAACAUGGGCCAAAACAUGGCCAAGAACCUCAUUGCAAAAGGACACCGCCUGGUGGUGUACGACAUCUUUCCGGAGGCCACGGAGGAGCUGGCCAAGCACGGGGCUGUCCCCGUGGGCAGUCCAGCCGAGAUGGCCGACCAAUGCGACCGAAUCAUCACCAUGCUGCCGUCCAGCCCCCAUGUGAGAGAAGUCUACACCGGCGACAAGGGCAUCAUAUCAAAGGUACAGACAGGGUCACUUUUGAUCGACAGCAGCACUAUCGAUCCUUCGGUGUCACAAGAGAUGGCGAAACUGGUUGAAGCAAAGGGAGCGACUUUCAUUGAUGCUCCCGUAUCAGGUGGUGUGAAUGCAGCCAAGGCUGGGACACUUACAUUCAUGGUUGGGGGGAAAGAAGCUGAAGCCCAAGCUGCAAAAGAGAUUCUGCUCUGCAUGGGCAAAAAUGUGAUACACUGCGGAGGGGUUGGCUGUGGCCAAGCAGCCAAGAUCUGCAACAACAUGAUGCUGGCCAUCUCUAUGAUAGGCAAUGCUGAGACCAUGAACCUAGGAAUAAGGCUUGGGCUGGACCCCAAUGUACUGAAUGGCGUCCUGAAUGUUAGCUCUGGAAAAACGUGGCCCAGCGAAGUGUACAGCCCCGUGCCUGGUGUGAUGGAAAAUGUCCCUUCAAGCAGUCAGUAUGAAGGAGGCUUUGGUGCAGCCCUCAUGACCAAGGAUCUCGGACUGGCUCAAACAGCAGCUACACAGACAAGCUCACCGACACCUCUGGGCUCUCUUGCUCACCAAAUUUACCGUGUUCUCCUGAGCAAUGGACUAGGGAAAAAGGACUUCUCCGUCGUUUAUCAGCUCCUUCAAGGCAACCCUAGCAAGUGAACAAAAAACUGUCAAGAGAACAAAGUUGAUAAAAUGUUCUGUGGAGGUGUCAUUUAUUUGGCUGAUAGGUGGGAAUAAACAGUUGGAUAACUCCUAGUACUACUGUCCCUAGUUUUGGAGCAUUUUAUUUUAAUAAAAAAAUUAACGGAUGUAAGAACGUUUUGCAUGAGAGUUUUCCAUUACCGACAUUCCCCGCUUUCAGGUGUAUAAUAAAAGUUUGUUAUUAAA